AUGAGCGGUUACGCGCCCAAGCCUUUUGAUGAUGGCUUCCUUCAGGUCUCGGAUAUCCAUCGUGUUCACUAUGAACAAAGCGGCAAGCCCGACGGUGAACCCGUGAUCUUCCUGCAUGGUGGUCCCGGUGGCGGAACAUCCGCCAGUGACCGCGUGUUUUUUGAUCCCACAUUCUACCGCAUCAUCCUGCUCGACCAGCGCGGUGCUGGCAAAUCUACCCCGCAUGCUGAGCUUCGCGAAAACACGACUUGGGAUCUCGUCGAGGACAUUGAACGCUUGCGCCGCCAUCUGCAAAUUGAUACCUGGGUGGUUUUUGGCGGCUCGUGGGGUUCCACGCUGUCGCUCAGCUACGCCGAGACCCACCCCGAGCGCGUGCGUGCGCUUAUUCUUCGUGGUCUCUUUACUCUUCGCCGCGAGGAGCUGCUCUUCUUCUACCAAAAAGGCUCCUCCUUUAUCAUGCCGGAUUAUUUUGAGGAAUACGAGAGCAUGAUCCCGGAAGCGGAGCGCGAUGACAUGAUGGCCGCCUACUACAAGCGUCUGACCGGUGACAACGAGGAGGAGCGCCUCGCUUGCGCCAAGGCUUGGUCCAAGUGGGAGUGCGCCACCUCUCGCCUCUACGUUGAUCCAGAAAAGGUGGCGCGCGCCGCUGAUGGUCACUGGGCCCUGGCCUUUGCCCGCAUCGAGUGCCACUACUUUGUGAACGGCGGUUUCUUCAAGUACGACGGCCAGCUCAUCGCUGAAGCCGACAAAAUCCGCCACAUCCCCACCACCCUUGUCCAGGGCCGCUACGACCUCGUCUGCCCCAUGAAGACCGCCUGGGACUUUCACAAGAAGGUCCCCGAAGCUGAGAUCAUCAUCGUCGAUGAUAACGGUCACUCGGCGGCAGAAGAAGGCAUCCAGCGCGAGCUGAUUGCCGCCUGUGACCGCUACCGCGAUGCCAAGCUCUCGUCGAGCCUGGAGAAGCAGCUGCAAGUCACCCCACCUCAACAUGCCGCAACACGUCGCGGCGAGCGCCAGCGUUUGGACCCUGCUUCUCUGCCCAGUGCAGGCAUGGCUAACCAGGGCAUCCGUCAUCCCGGAAACCGCUUCCAUGGCCACGUGGAUCCCAACGCGGAAAGCCGAGCCACCAACCCCAUCAGCCUUCCCUACCACUUGGAGCGUCAAGAUCCCAAUGCAGAGAGCCGAAAGGCAACGAGUCACGGGCUGCCCUACCAUCUCGAUCGCAAGAACCCCAACGCGGAGAGCCAGGCCUCCAAAUCCAUCGACCUGCCCUACCAUCUGGAGCGACAGGACCCCAAUGCUGAGAGCCAGCGGGGCUCGCGUGUUGCAGUAGGUGUACCCCACCUGCAACGCCAGGACCACAACCAGGAGAGCCGUCCCUCCACCUCAAAUGGCAUGUCGUUCAUGACCGUUGCAUUUGAGAACAAAGCGGCAAACAGCGCCGUGCCACACCAGUACAAGUAUCUCAGCGGCUUCUUCGAUUUGUACGAUGAAUACGACGAUAGCGAGAGCGACCGUGACAGCUACCUGGACGAACUGUUUCCUUACUCCGCGUCGGGCCUUCUUUCGAUUGAUUCUUUCCAACCGCGCCUCUCGGAGGCAGCGCUUGCUAGCCACAAAGCGCGAUGGGUCAGCGAUGAGUUAGAGUCGAUCAAGCGAUGUAUCUUUGAGGCUCAGCCGGUCCUUGACCAAUUUGUGCGGAGCCAUCAGCCCUUGCGACUUGGCGUCACCAAAUUUGAACUGGAGUGGCGCAGCUCCCCGGUCGAGCCGAUUCACCCCGAGUUCCGGUGGGGCGAAUGGCAGCCGUCCCGCCGUCUUGGCAUCUUGGACGUUUUCCACUCCUGGCACGGAUUGGCUGAGCUCCUCUCCUACCAAGGAGACGCCGUGUCUCCUAUCACAUUGAGGGGAUGGUGCCCAUCCCCUUUUGAUUUUCAGGACCUCCCGCUCCUCCCUGGGAUCAAGAUUCCGGUUGUGCGCAUGAAACCCAUCCCAACCAAACCGGGCUACUUCCUUUGCGAGGCUGAGAUUUUCGUAUACUUGCCCGACAUGAACGUCGGCUCUGUCGCUUCGCGAGCAGCCUGGGCGAAGCUACCCCAAACCUUGCCCGACAUUCGCAUUGCCACUCAUCAUGACCAAGUGGAGAGUGCUGCGGUUGACGGAGAUCAGGUGGAGAUUUGGGCAGAGGAAGUGAAGCAACACCUGCCUCAUCUCAAAGUGCACAUUUUUCAUGGCACCAAGCGCAUCAAAAACGCGAAUAAGCUCAAAGAGUUUGACAUUGUGAUUACCACGCCACACUUGGUUGGGCAGGAGAAGCCGGAUAAACUAAUAUUGCGCUCCAUCCGAUGGCACCGGAUUGUUCUGGAUGAGAGCCACCUCAUAUCAAGUGCCUCGAGGCAAGGGCGCAAAAUUCAGGCGCUUGCAGCUCGCAAUCGUUGGUGCCUGACGGGCACGCCCGUGCAGCGACGAGUGUUGCCAGAUUUGGCGCCUCAAUUCUCCUUUUUGCGCGUGCCCUUUGACCCCAACUAUGGGGCACGCAUGUCAGCUGGCUUACUGUUUGGGUUUGGACCCCGAUUCCGAAGCCAUUGCGAUAACCUCAUCCAGCCCGUCUUGCUCCGCGUAAUGGUCCGCCACACGCUGAACCAGGCGCUCGAGGGUCAGCCCAUUCUUGAGUUGCCACCAAUCUCCGCCCACACGGUGAUGGUAGAUUUUUCGCCAGCGGAACGUGCAGCCUACGACCAGCUAGCGGCCGAUUUGGAGGCCCGAUACGCGGUCUAUCGCGAAAAGGGGAGCGUCUGCGUCACGCGUCUGGCCGUGCAGCUGAGUCACCUCACUUUGCCUCUACGACGAGCCUGCGCCGGCGCGCUGGUAGCAGCACGAAGCCCCCUGUCAUCGUUUGAAUCCUAUCUCAAGCGACUGGACUCGUUUACUGAUGUCUUACAGCAGCGCUCCAGGGACUUGGACAAGCUCAAAUUCAGCCAAAGAGAACUGCAAGAAGACAACUGCCCAAUUUGCUUGGAUGUCAAGGAGCAGCCUGUGGAGACCCCUUGCCAUCACCAGUUUUGCUUCGUGUGCAUUACAAGCCUUGUUGGCUCUGGCAUCGAGCCCACCUCUCCUUGUCCCUUGUGCCGUCGGCCCAUCAAGUUGAAUGGACUCAAGCGGCUGGCUACGGCAGCUGACCAAAGCGAUGAAGCUGCGAGUGGCGAUGCACCCGGCGCCAAGCGGGCCAAGACCGCUGUGGCCAAAGUUUUGUUUGACAGCAAGAUCCAGGCACUGUUGAUGACGCUGGAUGCUAUCUGGGCCCGCGAGCCCCUGGCCAAGGUGCUAGUAUUUUCACAAUUCUCCAACACGUUGACAAUGGUGGGGGAACGCUUGAAGCGGCGUCACCUCAAAUUUGCCACGCUAGUGGGGAGCAUGGAACGCACACAGCGUACAAAUGCGCUUGCUGGCUUUGCCAAGGACCCGAGCACCAACGUGUUUCUUCUUUCCACGCGCGCUGGUGCUGUGGGCAUCAAUUUGACCGAGGCCAAUCAUGUCGUUCUUAUGGAUCCGUGUGUUAAUCCUGCAACUGAGCAGCAAGCCAUUGGUCGCGUCCAUAGAUUGGGUCAGACCCGGCCAGUACACGUACAUCGGCUGCUGAUGCGACACAGCAUUGACACGCGGAUCGCACGGUUGCGCUGUGGAACGCGCACUUCGGCUCAAUCUGAGUAUGAUCAACUGCUAUGGCCCCCGACUACGGCGUACACAGACGACGACGAGACAGCAGCUGGUGAACGCCUCGAACAGGACGUGGCCGCUUCGUCGCGGGGAGGCUUGGAGGAGAUGAAGGAUGAAGACUUGACGCCAAAGCCGGACGAUCCAGAGUCCGAAGAAGCCACGCCCGAAAAUCAAGAGACGCGCCAGCUUUUGCAGGCCGUACCACCGUCCGAAUCCGGAUCCUCCUCUUCCGAAGAUUAA